GAGAGUAAGACCGCGUCGCUGCCAUUUGCCAUUUUACAGCCGAUACGACUCUGCUAAAGCAAAAGUAAUUAACAAUGAAUAGGGCCUUGUCAGCAUCUGUUGAAGCACUGAGGAUUAAAACUGAAAAUGAAGACAAAAUUAAAGUUUCCGGUUUGGCAACCAGUCAUCAGAGUAUUGCCAGCUCUUAUUCCCAAUUGGAUGGCGGACAACAUGGAGAGGUUGAAGAAGAACCUAAACAGGGUUUUAGAAAGUAUAUAACAUUGAAACUAUACGUUGGCAUUCUUGUUAUUCUGGGCUUCCUCGUCACAACUGAUGUUACUAUUCGAUUUUCCCUUCUUACGACCCUGCAAAGAAGAUUCGGUUUUCAAACAGUUAUGAACGGUGUCAUAGCUGCUAGCGCAGAUGUGGGUCAUUUAAUACUUUUGGCUUUCUUUUCCGUUUUUGGUCAUAGAGUUCAUAAACCACGUUCUCUAUUCGUUGGUGCCUUAUUGACUGUUACUGCAUCUCUUCUGUGGGCUCUUCCUCAUUUCAUUUUCGGACCUGGACCAAAGCCUGAAGCUACUGUAGUAGAAGCAGGCAAUUUAAGCGAAAUAAUUCCUCCACUCUCAGAGUUAGGAGUGUGCUUGUCGAACUCCAGCUUGGGAGCAAGCACCUGUGAAUUAAUAGCGAAUAAAUCAGCAGCUAACGGCGUUGACACGUCAUCAAACGAGUCUACAACAGCCCUUGUCCUUUUCAUCCUAUCCCAAUGUUUUAUCGGCGCUGGCUUGGCUCCUUACGUCACUGUCAGCUUUACGUAUAUCGACGACAACACAGAUCCGCAAACUUCUUCUUUGUACGUUGCCAUUGUCAUGAGUGUUGCCAUGUUGGGAGCUAUAGCUGGCUUCCUAUUGGGUGCCACAUUCACUAGUUUAUACGUUGAUUUAGGACCCACUAAUCUAAAGCCAAGUGAUCCUGAGUGGAUAGGUGCUUAUUGGCUAGGAUCGCUUGUUCUGCAGUCCUUUAUGCUUCUAGCCGCUUUACCUCUUCUCCUGUUCCCCAGACAUUUAAGAAAACCAGUAACAGUUACUGAAUCUCAUAUUGACUCGGAAAAGACUACAGCCGAAAAAAUGCGUCAAGCUCUGCAAAGGAGAGUUAGUGAAAUCAGUGAUGUGAAAGAUUUACAAGAAAAAGUUCCAAGCCUAUUCAAAAAUGUCGUUUAUCUUAGCGCCACUAUGGUUAUGAUUUGUAUGUCGUAUUUGGCUGGGGGUGUUAUGACAUUUUUGCCUAAAUAUAUUGAAGAUCAAUUCGCAUUGGGAGCAAACAUGGCAAACAUUAUUACAUCAAUUGCUAUGGCUGGUUCGAUAGCUGCUGGUACCUUUGUCGGUGGCUGGAUUGUUUCAGCCAGAGGCCUAGACAUUUCUGGCUCCGCUAAACUUAUCGUUUUCGGUUGUUUCACUGGAGUUGUAUGCUUUGUGAUAUCUAUGUUUCUUGGUUGUGAACCGUCAGAGCUGGCAACACCACCACAAGCAAACUUACAAAUUCCACCAUACGACACUUGCCAAAGCAGCUGUAAUUGCACAGAUAUUUUCACUCCAGUUUGCAGUGAAGAUAAUAAACAAUUAUUUUAUUCCCCCUGCCAUGCGGGAUGUUCUGAUAUCGUCAGCUAUAGUAAAGGAGAAAAAGGCCCAGAGAUAAUAUAUACGAAUUGUACUUGCGUUGAAGGACCCAAUAAGAAUCUUAAAAGUGGCUUUUGCAAAAGGAGCUGUCCUCUUUUGAUUCCAUAUACAAUCGUUAUCUUCAUAUCAACAUUUUCAAUUUGUCUUGGUCAAUCACCUAUUAUUUCCAUGGUUAUCCGAUCCGUAAUGCAAAAGCAGAAAUCGUUGGCUUUAGGCUUAAACAAUAUAGCUACUAGCUUAUUUGCGACAAUGAUUGCGCCUAUCCUUUACGGUCGAGCUAUUGAUACAACAUGUAUAUUAUUGGCUCCCGAUUGCGGAGAUGGUAAAAAUGUGUGCCUUAAAUACAAUGCUCCAUAUUUUAGAUACUACCUUCACGGCAUUACUAUAACUUUCAUGUUCUUAGCUCUUGUUUUCCUUGUGGUAAUCUAUCUUAAAACAAGAAAUAAGCCAGAUCCAAACGGUCCUCCAUCAAAUAAAGAAGACGGAGGAGAAGAGAUGAAAGAAUUGAAUGGUAAUGGCGAUAAUAAUCAUACGAAAGCUUAG